GAUAAACCGGUGGUUUUUCUGUACAAUUUCAAUAACUACACGAUUACUGCCAUUUCGGGCGGAUUUGUCUCGCAUUUUGUGAACGAAUGCUUCCGAUAUCUAACGGAAACGUUUCCACUGAAUUACAUCCCAGAGUGGAGACAAUUGGUGGCCGUUAUGCUCGCGGAGGACACCGGCGAUAGUCCUCAUCGCGCGAACGGAAGUAUCGCUAUAUUCAGACGCAUAGACCCGAACACCAAUACAUUAGAGAACUUGCAUUACCUGAGCGAAGACAUAGACGGCGUUAAAGCUAACUAUGAUUUAGGCAAUGAAACCGAAAUGAUAUCACUUAUCAAAUACAAUAAGAUCUAUACGAACGACACGUGGAGAGUGUGGGGUUGCGGCGAAUACUGUUCACUCAAAACACCGUUACAUGAAAUCACAAUCGAAACGACCAGCACUCAGAGUAAGAUCCGCUAUAAUAAAAACCAGGAUAUGACUCACGACCUGUUUUUGCGGUGCGACGAACGCCGGGCGCCGUUCACUCCGUUUGACUUUUGCGACCAAAACUACGAUUUUGAUAAUAUAUUGAAUUUGGGAUCCGAUCUAUACUUUCAGCGAAACUCUAGUUUUUGGCGAUUAAGAGAUUAUGGAUUUACUGCCGACUCGUAUCCGACGGGUUCUCCACUCAAAGGGCAAAACAUCCAAAAUCUGGUUUUCGACUCACACUUCGGCCCAUUCCUCGAGACCGAAGGCUUUGACACGAGUCAACGGGUGUUUGGCUUCUCAUACAAAGCGAUCGAUCGGUUCCCGUGCGGACACUUGAUCGACAAAGAAGACUAUUACCAGUGUUUGGACAAGUAUACAAAGUCGCCGUACUUUCACAGCGUGUGUUUGUACGGCACAGUUAGCCGAGUGGCGACAGCCGUACCCGUGUUCACCAUAGAUAACGGGUAUUACAAGUCAUACAUUCACACACCGGGAGGUCUGGAGCGACCGAACGUCACGGAAGACGGCCGACACCGACAGUUCUGCAAAGCCGUCUCCGAUUACGUG